AUCAACUAAAGAAGACACGUUGACAAAUUGUCACAAAAUUGAAAUGAAAAACUUAAGUAAGGGCCAGUAAAUAAAUAUCGAAAUACCUGACAGUCUGGAAUCCUCUCCUCCAGAAAUAAAUAAAAUCGGAAGGGGGUAAAAAUCUGUGAUAAAUCAAUUGGCAUAAUCCUCAAAUCAAAACUCUUAAUCCGAAUUAUUACAUCCAAUUUUGUAGCGAUAAUUUUUUUACCAGUCUUUGCAAUAAAAAUGUCAAAAGACCCACCUCUGGAAAAGCCUAUUUCAAAGUACUAUUCCUACCCUAAACCCGAAGCUGAGUAUCACGAAAUUAUUCAGGAGCCGGAUACUUUCCGGCAGAAGCUGCACAGCUUCCAUGUUUUCUAUGGCACUAAAUUCAGAGUUCCUACAUUAGGAAGAAAUCCUUUGGAUUUGCAUCGGCUCUUUUUAGAAGUGACCUCUCGAGGCGGCAUUGAAAAGGUUAUUAAAGAUCGGAGAUGGAAGGAAGUUACCGGAGCCUUCAAUUUCCCAUCCACUAUCACAAGUGCUUCAUUUGUACUACGGAGAUACUAUCUCUCGUUGCUUUAUCACUUCGAGCAGGUUUAUUAUUUCCGUAAAGAAGAACCCUACAUUCCAUCCAACGAUCAAGCAAGUUGGAAUGCCGAUGGAUCGACUUUACCACUCUCUCUCGAUGAUGGAGCUGCUUCCGAUCAUUUCACAGAGAGUCCUACUCCGGAAGAUGUCAGUUUAGUGACUGGAACAAUCGAGGCGAAAUUCGAUUGUGGAUAUUUGGUGACUGUGAAUUUCGGAGCUGAGAAUUUGACAGGUGUCCUCUACCAUAUCCCCGAGGAGCCGAAUAAUGCGUUGCAAAGUAUGAGUGGCUCGGGUGACCCGUCUUCGCAUCAUCGAAGUCGGAGAAAGCACCAGGUGGCGUUUCGGGAUCCAGCUCAUCCAAAGAGAAACAGAAGCGGCUACACUUUCUUUUUCGCCGAGCAGUACCAUAGGCUUAGACCUUUGUACCAUGGGCAGGAAAGAACUAUAAGUAAAAAGAUUGGACAGUUAUGGAGCAGACUAACCGAGGCCGAGAAACAGGUGUAUCAAGAAAAGGGAUUGAGGGACAAGGAGAGAUACAAAGCUGAAAUGUUGGAGUACAAACCUUCGCAGGCGUAAUCGGGAUUCGUUACUUGGAGAUGUCGUUUUUCAAGAAACCCUUUGCCUUCAUCUCUCUUUCGUCUAAUUGAAAUUAGUGUUUUUUUUUUUUUUUUUUUUUUUAAUUUAAGAUUAGAGAGAUGAAAGUAGAAAUUUUCGACUUUGAACAUUUCGACUGACUCGGGUUUGUUGGGAUAUUUAUCAUCAGACAUGUGUUUUUAUGUUAACUGUUAUGUGUUAAAUGGAUGUAUUUGUCAUAUUUUUAAAA